UUUCAACAAGCCUACAGUAAAUUAAAAAAAACUAGUACGUCAUUCACGUUAUCAACGUUUGUGCUAAUUUUAGUGUAAAUUUUAUGUUACCAAACAUCUAUUUUGUAGAAUAAUUAGUGCGAGGAUUUUGAGAAAGCGUUUCAAGCAAAUUGCAAUCUUGAAAGGUAUCCCACAUCUAAAAAUCUAUAUUUAUUUUAUGUAAGCUGGUGCCACGGACGAUAUCACAGUCCGCCAUUUUGAUUCACUGUUGAUGGAUUUUUGUAGUUUUACACUUUAAUUAUUAGAAUAAUAAUACUCUAUUAAUUUAAAAAUCAUGGCAGAAAAUAAUUCAAAAGAACCGCCUAUUCAAACAAUGAAUGGUAUGCCACCAAAUCAUAAUCCUUGGAUGUAUGGUCUGUAUCCCCAAUACAAUGGAUAUGGUGGCAUGUAUCCACCUUAUUACAAUCACUAUUACAAUCAACAAAUGGGAAACAAUGGUGGAUUUGCAAACAACAAUUGCAACCAAUUUCAGCAAAGUAAAGAUACCAAAAACGAUUUUAGUUGCCAGCAAUUUAUGAAACCACCCAUGCCCAGCCCCUUGUUAGGAAUGUCGCCUCUUGACACUAGUCGUCCUUUCUUCAACCAGUCUCCAAUCAGGUUUAAUCUUAAUGGAAAUAGGAAAACUGCUCCUAUACCACCUAAUGAAAACCCCCUUUUAACAAACAAUGGUGGUUCGAAAAAAAAACGCAAGAAAGGUAAUAAAAUGGCAGAUGACAAUAACAUGAAUAAUCUUAAUGUUUUGCCGCCUUUGCCGGAUCAUCCACCUCCUUUACCGCCAUGCCCACCACCUGAUUUACUUAAACCUCCCCCACCACCCCUAGAUGUUCCACUUCCUCCACCCAUGUCUACUGAAGACAUUCCUGAACCACCAGAGGCACAGAACACUGAAAGCACCUCAGAAAAAGAAUCUGAUGAUGUUUUCACACAUGAUUCCUCUGAUAUCCUUAAAUCAUCUUCUAUAUGUCAGUCAUCAUCAGGGACAUGGCCAGAGAGCCUUGAAAGAUAUAUCAAAAGAUGCUAUGAAAAAUGUAAAACUGGAUUUGAUAGAGAUCAGAUUGAUAUAUGUCUUAAGGGUCGUAUUACGGCUGCUGCCAACAAAGAUGAAAUAUGGACUAGAAAUUGGGAUGAGGAACCUAUACCUAGUGUUCAUAGCGAACGUAAUAAUCUCUCAGUGAAACCUGUGCGUGGCACAUUAAGUUUAUACCAAAAAUCUGAACCAGAUCAAAAAUGUAAGUCUGGUUUCAAUGGACGUAGUUUUAAUGGACAUAAAACAUCACCUCAAAGAAGGCGUAGGCAACAUUCUAGAAGUAGAUCUAUAUCUAGAAGUCCUAGAAAACGAAUUAGCACUUCCUCGACAUCUGGUGAUGAAUUUGAAGAGAAGAAAAGCUUCAAAUCAAAGGCUCGCCAGAAAGUCAAGGAUAGAUUAUCUUUGGAUCAAAAGAAAUCUGAAAAGUAUAAGAAUCAAAAAAAGAAAGCUAAUUACUCUGAUUUUAUCAUUGAAGAUGUUACAGGAAAUGCAGAGAAACUUCAGAAAAGAGCUGAAAGAUUUGGAAGUUCUGGUAAUGUACCCUCCAUAGCAAGUUCCAUACAAGCAGGUAAGAGAAGUGAGCCAACUCCAAAAAAACCUAUAAUUCAAGAUACUGAAGGAGAAUAUGACUUGAAUGAUAUGCAUAUAGUUGGAACAUGCUCAGAUAUUGAGAAGUCAUUCCUUAGACUGACAAAAGCACCAGAAGCUUGCGAAGUAAGACCUGUUUCAGUCUUACAAAAUUCACUUAAAAAUGUCAAAGAGAAAUGGAUAGAAAAACAAGAUUACAGAUAUGCUUGUGAUCAAUUAAAAUCAAUAAGACAAGAUUUAACAGUUCAAGGUGUAAGAGAUAGUUUUACUGUAGAAGUGUAUGAAACUCACGCAAGGGUAGCAUUGGAGAGAGGAGAUCAUGAAGAGUUCAAUCAAUGCCAGACACAACUAAAAAUGUUGUAUGAUGAAUUACCUGAUUGUAGAACAAAUAGUGCAGAAUUUACUGCCUACCGGAUAUUAUACUAUAUCUUCACAACAAACACAUUAGAUAUAACAACUAUAUUUCAAAGCAUAUCUAAGGAAGAGAGAGAAAAUGAGUGUAUCAAACAUGCACUUGAAACCAGGUGUGCUUGGGCUACAGGAAAUUUGCACAAAUUCUUUUUACUAUACAAGACUGCGCCAUUGAUGGCAGGUUACCUGAUGGAUUGGUUUGUGGAGAGAGAAAGGAAGCUCUACCUCAAAUACAUCAUUAAGUCGUACGUCAUUAUUUUCUAGAUCUUAACACAUUUGAAAUGUCAUAUUUUCUUUUUAUAAAAAAAGGACCAUACCCAUAGCAUCAUAGCCUAUAGACGAUUGCGAUAACGUCAAAUAUCACUUCCGCCUUUGGCUUCUUUUAGCCUAUUGCCUACCCUGUGGAGCCCUUGAACCUUACUCACCGACACAAUCACAACACCACCAAAAAGUUUUGUUACUGAGGUUACUUCCACAGACGGGUGCUCUGUUUCUAAUUUUGCAACUAAGUAGACACAGUUAUCAGGUCCGAAUUCCAAUCUCUAUAUGCAUAUAACACAAAACAUCACAUAAUUCAAAAGUUAAAUUUUUGAACACAAAAUAUACAGGCAAAAAACAGAGGCAUAAAAGAAAACAUUUUGAUGAUUGAUUUAUAUCAGUAACAACUGAAGCUGAUUUUAUGUAGAGAUUUACUUUGAAAUUAUUAGAUUUCAAAGUCAACCUAACCUUUAAGUCAUUUCUAUAUGCUGAGUGAUUGUCUAAUAUUGUUGUUCUUAUUCCAAAUCUAUGUCAACUGCAUAACACCAUUACUUAUAGUAAUUUAUUCUUGGUUUUGAGGUCAUUGUCAGCAUACAAUAAUCUUAAAACAAUAAACAGUUUCAAAUCAACUAUAUAAUAUAUAUAUAUAUAUAUAUAAAAGAUAUGUAAUCCAACAAAAAAGAAUUAUUGCAUUCAGAGUCAUUUUUGACAUCGUCAUGUUUGCCAAUUGACCAUUGGCAAAAAAUUUUCAGUAAACACUCCGUGUAAGUCGUAAACUGACAUAUAAUGCUAUUUUUGCAAUUAGUUAUAACUUUUAAAAUACAGUGAACACCUUUUUCUUUCUACUAUAAUCCAACAUAUUAUUGUUUUAUGAUAGAUAUGUUAACUAUUGCAGAUGUAUUUCAGGACUGCUACCAGUCCUGGUUUGUUAUUUUAACCUUUUCUUAUAUGUGCAGCUACAGGCAGUCGGUUCCUGUGGAUUUCAUCGUUCGAGAGCUGGCGUUCGAGUCUAAUGCUAAAGCCUUAGAAUUCUUAAGGAAAUUCCCUAUCACAUUUACUGGCGGCGAUCAGAAUCAAAUAGAUUGCAAGGCCAGCACUCAAAGCGUAGGGGGUAUAUAACAUUUUCUUCUUGAUAAAUGUCGUGUCGUUAUGUCAUAUUCUUGCGUGGUGAUGUAAAGCACCAUGUGAGCACAGGUUCCGACAUAAGUAAAGCAGUUGUUCUCCUGGCUCGUGUCAUUCUCAGCAUUAAUUUCCACCAGCUUAAUUAGGAUCAAACGGCACAACAAUCAAGACAUAGCAUUCAAAUUAUAUAAUUUAAAAGAAGCUACAUCCAGAAGACACCAGGUAAAGAAGAAAGAAGCAUCCUAGUGGGUUUAAAGAACAAUUGUUUAAUGUGAUAAAGGACUAAGAAAUUUUUACAAAUGGACUUUUUAAAGUUUUCUCCGUGAAUCUUCUGUAAAUAUGUAUGUGUUGUAAAUUUUUAUUUCCUGUUAAUGUUUUUUAACUUACAAUUAUACAUAAUUUAACACAUGCAAUUGUCAUAUUUAAUAAUAAAACAUCAUUUUUUUAAGAAUAUUAUAACGAGUUUUGGUUCAUCCAACCCAAUAGAUCAAAAAGUCAAAACUGACAUACACCCAGUAUCUGCAGAGCAUCACAUCGAUCAAUUCUACCAAGUUAACGUAAGAGACUAGGGCAAACGCACAAGCGCUCAGGCAGCCAGCACAGCCACACAAACAUAACGCAGACAUUGUAGCUACAGAUUUGGCUUGCAGGUUGCUGAUGCAGGCAAAUCCGGCCCACAGAUCACUAUAUAUGUAGCAAGCUACAGAUGCGACAGUCAAUUUUGCUUGCUUCCACCAAGAACAGUUGUGGCACUGCGGUCGUUUCUGUCCACAGAUAAUUAAAUGUGCAUCUGAAUUGAGUGAUCCUUUUUUAGUUUUCAAUAAAACCAAAACGUACAUUUAGUGUAAAAUUGUCAAAACUCAUAACCGAAAUAAAAAAAAUUGUCACUCUUAAUUCAGACAUUAGGCAAAAUAGGUAUACGCUGAAUCUCAGAAAACUUUAACGUUGUGAACGUUGAUAUUAAAAAAAUGUACAGAAUUUGUCACAUUAUUUUACAAAAAAUCAAGUUACUUCAACGUAAAUCCAGGAAUCUAUGAUAGUUUCAUUGGAUCACUCAAUCCUGACGCAUUUAGAUUGAGUGAUACUAGAAAUACCGCGUUAAGUUUACGAAGGGCAUAAUAUUUUUUGACGUGACAACGUCUUAAAUUAGGUUGCGGGUUAACUUUUGGAAAUAUCUGUACAAAUUAAUAACACACCACAAAUGCUUAUAGUUAAAAAGUUAUGACCAAUCAAACCUUUUUUAAUUUGCUGAACUGAGUGAUCCUUAUAAACGCAGAUAACUACCCCUUGGUAUAAAGUAUACACAAAAUAGGUUGAAAAUUUGUACAAUAUUUUGACCGCUGUGAAGUUAGCCCCCCACUUUUUGAAUUUUAUUAUUAUCUAGGUUGUUCUGGGUUGUUCUAU